AUGAAAGCUGCUACAGAUAUGUAAGCAGUCUUAGAUACAGUUGGCUAAGAGCAUCCAUUUUGGUUAUAGUCUAGAAAUAGAUUAAGUGUCCAACUGAAUCGAUCUAAUUAAAUUCACCUAAAAAAUUAAGAUCCAUCUCUAGUUCAGGACAUUAAGUAUCGCUAUUAUGAAAUUGUUACAAUUCAACAAUUUGGUGAUAUUGUCUUAGGAUAUUUAAAAUUCUACGAGAACAAUUUAUAAAGAAUGCCCUUCUAACUCCCAGAAGGUGAUAUUGGGGAGUGGCAAGACUUUAAUGAAAGUGAAACCAAUUACUAAGCAUAAUCCAUGAUUAAAAUGUAAAUGAAAAAACAAUAUUCUCUCAGAAAAUAAUGGAUAGAAUAAUAACGAAAGGGCAGUCUCAUUAUAGCCAAUCAACAAUAAGCAAGAUCAGCUCAGAGCAUAUAUAUUCCUUUCAAUAAAACUGAUGGAUAUUGUGGUUCUUUCGAUUCUCCAUUAUCCAUGUCCAAUCCAGUCAAUGAAAAUUUAGUAAAUAGCAAACACAGCGUUUAAAAUUCAAAUGGAGAUUCAGAAUAAUUACCUGGAGGUAAGCGACAUACUUAAAAUGCAACAAAAAAUAGAGUAUCUAAUAUAAGAAAAUAAUCCUUGGAUGUCAGCAUUGAUAGUCUGAGAGAGAGCCAUAUUUCUUAAUAACGAAAUAUGAGUAAAGCAAAAUCAAAUCUAAAAACUAAACAACAUGAAUUGAAUAUAGAACAUAUGGAAUAAAGCAUGGUAGAAAAAAAUAGAAAUUGUUGCGGAUCUGAAUGUUGUCAAUUUUGA